AUGCAGCCUCAAGCCAAACAAGCCCUCCCACAAGGCCCAGAGCAUAACGAGAAGGUUUGCGCAGAGGUCGUGGGAAACAGCGACCUUGAGCAGCAGAACACAUGCCCGAUUACCCAGAGCAGCGACAAUGUUGGGGUUAGGGAAGAAGCUGUCUCGAAUGAGUCGAAUACAUACCUCGUGACGUUCGGCCUAGAUGAUACUGAGAAUCCCCUCAACUGGCCCACCAAGCUGAAGUGGGGUGUCACGGCGGCCGUUUCUGGCACAGGCUUCCUUCGCAUCAUGGUCUCGACGAUGAUGGCACCCGCGAUCAACACCAUCGCGGAAGAGCUGAGCAUGUCAACCGCAGAGUCGACCAUGGCCUUGUCGGUCUACCUGCUCGCCACCGCGUUUGGCCCGAUGGUCAUUGGGCCCCUGUCCGAAGUCUAUGGCCGGAGCUCCAUCUUCCACCUCACAAACAUCUGGUUCCUGGUCUGGAACCUCAUCUGUGGCUUCGCCAACUCCAGAGGCCUGCUCAUCGCCGCCCGGCUGCUUGCCGGCUUCGGGGCCAGUGCCGUAUACAGCAUGGCCUUUGGCGUGCUGGGCGACGUGUGGUCGGCCAAGCAGAGAGGGCGUUCCCUCGGCAUGUACCUGCUCGUCCCGCUGACCGGCGCGGCCAUCGGGCCCAUUGUAGGCGGCUUCAUCGUCCAAUACUCGACUUGGCGGUGGAUGUUCUGGGCGACCACCAUCCUGCAGUGCCUUCUCGAGUUGUCCUCAUUUUUCUUGUUCCGUGAGAGCUAUGCGCCCGUCCUCCUCCGCCGGCGGGCCCAGAGGCUGCGCACAGAGACGGGCGACUCCCGCUUCCACGCCGAGAUCGAGAUGCGCGAAUCCGGCCGCUCCGCCGCGUGGAAGAUCAGCCGUAGCCUUUCGCGGCCCACACGCCUCCUCGCGUUCCACCCCAUCAUCCAGAUCCAGGCCAUCCUGUCGGGCGUCAACUACGGCCUGCUGUACUUCGCGCUGGCGAGCUUCUCGUCCCUGUACGUGUCGGCGUACGGCGAUGCCGUCGCCGUCUCCGGCCUGCACUACAUGGCCAUCUGCGCCGGCGAGGUGGCAGGCUCGCAGCUCUGCGGGCCGCUCAUGGACUGUGCCUACGCGAGGCUGACGUCGCGCACCGGCGAGGCCCACGCGCCCGAGCUGCGCGUCCCGCUGCUGCUGCCGGGUGCCCUCUUCACCCCAGUGGGCUUCCUGAUCUACGGCUGGGCCGCGCAGCACCACCUCCACUGGCUCGUCGUCGACGCCGGCGCCGCCCUGCUGUCCCUCGGCAUGCAGGUCUUCGGAACCACGCUCUACGCCUACGUCAUGGACGCCUACCCCGAACACAUCAGUUCCGCCUCGGCCGCCACACAGCUCCUGAGGAGUCUCUUGGCGUUUGCGUUCCCGCUCUUCUCAGGCAGUAUGUACGAGGCGUUGGGCUACGGGUGGGGAAACAGCCUGCUGGCCUUCCUGUCUGUCGGCAUCGCGCUGCCGGCGGUAGGCAUACUCUGGCGCUUCGGUGCCAAGUUGAGAGCCAAGCAGCAGUCAAGUUAUUAG